UCUCUUGUUGAGAGAUGCAAAGCAUACCCAUUCACCUAUAUGGCUGUGGAUAAAGCGGGAAGUUGGAUUUCAAACACCAACCAAACUGAUGUGAAUGCUGUUACAUGGGGAGUCUUCCCUGCAAAGGAGAUUAUACAACCUACCGUUGUGGAUCCUUCCAGCUUUGUGGUGUGGAAGGAUGAGGCAUUUGAAAUUUGGUCAAGAGCAUGGGCUCAAUUAUACCCAGAGGCUGACCCGUCCAGAAAACUGCUUGAAGAGGUGCGAGACACGUACUUCUUGUCAGCUUGGUUGAUAAUGAUUACAUCAGUGGUGAUUUAUUUGCAGUCUUCAACGAUCUUUGAAAUGAUUAGCAGUACUCGUGGAGUCAUCCUCCAUGAAGUCCCACUUUCUUCUCUUGAAAUUUCUUUUGUUGCUGUAGUAAGAUUAUUGGUUGUCAUCUAUAAUGUUUAGGCUAGCCUCAUUUUAUGCAGCAAUAAUGACAAAAGCAGCCUUAUAAUACCUGAUAUUCUUUCGGAUUUUGGCCUAACACCUCUUGGUAAUGGAAAUUCUCUUGGCAUUGCAAGCUGAUUCAUUGUUCA